AACCCCAGUUCAAUCAUCAAUCAUAGAGAGCAGGGUGUUGUGUGCCCGGCCGCCCGCGGCGUGUGCGAAGAAAGGGAGGGAAAAGGGCGACCUUUUCCGGGGCAGCCAGAUUCCAUUCCUUGCGCAGGAGUACUAGUACGGCUACCCUCCCACUUCUACUUCCUCCUAGUAGGCUGCCGUGGAAUCAGCUAGAAGAGCAAGGCAAAGCAGCAGGGGUGCGGGCGAGAACUCACAACUAGCAGCACCACACCAGCAGCCUCCCUCCCCUCCUUCCCUGCCUUUUUCCCCACUCCCAGCCAUCCAUAUUCUUCCUUCCUUCCUUCCUUCCUCGUGAAGGCGUCGAGCUUUGUGUUCUUGCUUUCCUCUGCUAGACAGGAAGAAUCCCUGCGUGUUCGUUCUUGCCUUCGCUUCAUCCAGGAGCUGCUUGGAGAGAGCUUCCCUUUGCCGGCGUCCUCACUCAGUCACUCACCGACGGUCCCAGUGGACUGAGGCGAAACUUCUCGGAGCCGGAACAGGGAUGGCCGCCGCGCCGCCGCCUAAGGCCGACGAGCUCCAGCCGUUCCCGCCCAAGGAGCAGCUGCCCGGCGUCGCCUUCUGCAUCACCAGCCCGCCGCCAUGGCCCGAGGCCAUUUUACUAGGAUUCCAGCAUUUCAUCGUCAUGCUGGGCACCACUGUCAUUAUACCCAGCUCGCUCGUUCCUCAGAUGGGAGGCGGAAAUGAAGAGAAAGCCCGGGUGGUUCAGACGAUAUUGUUCGUGGCUGGCAUAAACACCCUGUUCCAAACAUUCUUCGGGACACGCCUUCCGGUUGUGAUGGGUGGCUCAUACAUCUUCGUCGGACCCACCAUCUCCAUCAUCUUGGCUGGACGGUACAGCAAUGAAGCAGACCCUCACGAGAAAUUCUUGCGGACGAUGAGGGGAACGCAAGGUGCUCUCCUAAUUGCGUCGACAAUUCAGAUCAUACUUGGGUUCAGUGGGCUCUGGCGCAAUGUAGUCAAAUUAUUGAGUCCGCUGGCAGCUGUUCCUCUAGUAUCACUUGUCGGAUUUGGGCUUUAUGAGCUUGGCUUUCCAGGGGUAGCGAAAUGUGUUGAAAUUGGCCUUCCAGAAGUUUUCCUGUUGGUUGUAUUUUCUCAGUAUUUGUCUCAAGUUCUGGAUUUCGGGAAGUCUGUCUUUAGCCGGUUCAGUGUUCUUUUCACUGUCUCUAUUGUGUGGCUGUAUGCUUACAUUCUCACCAUCGGUGGUGCUUACAAGAAUUCUCCACCGAAGACACAGGUGCAUUGCCGUGUUGAUCGUUCAGGCCUUAUUUCAGGAGCGCCUUGGAUAAGUGUUCCAUACCCCUUUCAGUGGGGUGCUCCAACAUUUGACGCUGGAGAAGCUUUUGCAAUGAUGAUGACUUCAUUCAUUGCUCUUGUAGAGUCAACUGGCGCCUUCAUUGGUGCUUCAAGAUAUGCAAGUGCAACUAUGAUUCCUCCAUCAAUUAUUAGUCGGGGCGUGGGAUGGCAGGGCAUUGGCCUCUUGCUUGAUUCAUUUUUUGGGACAGCCACCGGGACAUCAGUUUCAGUAGAGAAUAUCGGAUUGCUUGCAUUGACACGUAUUGGCAGCCGGAGAGUAGUACAAAUAUCUGCAGGGUUCAUGAUUUUCUUCUCUGUCCUUGGAAAAUUUGGAGCUUUGUUUGCAUCGAUUCCACUGCCCAUAUUUGCUGGCAUGUACUGUCUCUUCUUCGCAUAUGUUGGUGGUGUUGGCCUGAGCUUACUUCAAUUCUGCAAUCUAAACAGCUUUAGGACCAAGUUCAUCAUGGGGUUUGCUUUCUUCAUGGGCUUAUCAGUUCCUCAGUACUUCAAUGAGUAUACAGCUGUUGCAAGUUAUGGUCCAGUGCACACUGGCGCCAGAUGGUUCAAUGACAUGAUAAACGUGCCAUUCUCGUCAAAGCCGUUCGUCGCUGGGUUGGUAGCCUACAUCCUGGACAACACCCUUCAGAUAAAGGAAAGCGCGGUGAGGAAGGACAGAGGCAACCACUGGUGGGAAAAGUUCAGGAGCUUCAAGAAAGACGCGAGGAGCCAAGAGUUCUACUCGUUGCCGUUCAAUCUGAACAAAUUCUUCCCUUCGGUCUGAUCUCAAUGGCGCUGCUAAAUGAAUUCUGGAACCAAACCGUUGUUCAUAUGUGAACAUAAUUCUGCUGGUCUGGCCAGUGGAAGCUUCUUGUCACCAAUGUUGGUCAAUUUUGUGUAUUUUCGGACGAGAUGGAGUAAUUGGACAGUAGAAUUAUUAGGACUGAAGUAUAUUACGUUCUUUUUUGUGAUCUACAUGGAUCAGCGUCUGAUAAUCUGGUUGUAGUUUCUUUUGUCAAGCUGGCAAUGUACAUCAGUAUUACAACUUAUGUAGCUUUCAUAGCCAAGGUAGAAUGAUAAUUGAUGUGUUAAAGUUGUUAAUUUGUGCCGUAGAAGUAAA